AUGGAUUGGGCUGCCGAUUCUGUUACUCACCCACACUACUUUGAUGGGAGCAACUAUGCUGCACGGAAAGCUAAGACGAGAGCUUUCGUUUCGGCCCUUGAUGAUCUAGUGUGGUAUACUAUUGAGAAUGGUUGGAUUGAACCAACCAAAACUAUGGAAGAUGAGGUUGUACUGAUAUGGUAUGAAUGGUUCACUGGCAAAUUGGGAAUCAGGCCAAGAGUGGUGGGGAGAGGAGGAAAAAGAGAGAAGGGGGUGUGGGUGUGUGGGGUGCCUGGUGUAUGA